UACCAUCAUUGAUACAACUUUUAUAAAUCGGCAUUUAGAUGAGUUGCUUAAUGAUACAGAUUAUAAAGGUUUUCCUGUAGUCAACAAUGUAAAGAAUAUGCUGCUUACUGGAUAUAUAUCACGUUCAGAAUUGCGAUAUGCAAUGGAUAAAGCAAAAAAGAAGUCGGGAAUUUCAUUAAUGAGUCCCUGCUAUUUCUCUAGCAAUCUUCCAAUACUUGGUUCAACUGCUUUCAUCGAUUUUAGACCAUGGGUGGAUCAGACACCAAUUACUAUAUCUCCCAAGUUUCCAAUGGAAAUGACGAUAGAAUUGUUUAGAAAAAUG